AUGGAGUAUCCUGGUGAAGCACAACCUCAUACAGACUCGAUGGUGAUUACAUCAGAUACUUAUUCUCGAAAGUGUCCAAGUGAUGAUGAUGACGAUUUUGUAAACCCGCCACCCGUUACAAUGCCGAUACAAAAGAUUGUGAAAAAGCAAACCAGUAUAGAAAAGCCAAGAAACAUGGAAGAUUCAUUAAGAUGUUUGAAUACCAGGUUCCCUCCGGAACACAUAACCAAAACCAUGGCCUUGCUGAACGAAGAUCAACAAUCUAUUGGAUUUGGAUCAGCUCUAAAUAUGCAGUUAGAAAAGCUACCUUGUAGGAUAUGUUACUGGGUCGUUGACAACUACAACCCAACUAGUAAUUCCAUUCAUUUGUUUUACCUUAAUUUUACAAAAGUUGAAGAUGACACAAUGCAAAGUCCAACUGCUGGAAUGAUUCACUGGACAACAGACAUGUUGAAAAGGAGGGAAUUAAAAGAGCUAUCUAAAGGAGGUUUCGGAAAUGUAACCAUAUCAUUACAACACAUGAACAUGAACCACACUAAACAAGACGAUAAUUACAAAACAGAAUAUGGCGAGGAUGAUGAUGUUGUUGGAUCUGAAAGAUAUUGCAUAUCUCCUGAUGGGUUUAUUGGAAAUGUAGUUCAAGAAACAUCAGAAAAUGAUGCAGACAACAACUUCUUGAAGGAAAUUAUGAGGGAAAUAAACUUCAACUUCAAUGCAUAUCACAAUGCAAAGAGAGCUAUAGAUAAGUUGUUGAUGCGAGGUAUAAAGAAGUUUCCCGAUUCUGUCGAAAUGUGCAUGCUAGUAACAAAAAUAAACUACGAAUUCAAUCUGGCAUGGCCAGAUUUUUCAACUUCCGAUGAUUCUGAUGAUGGUACAACUUCCAAUGGCACCACCACACCUGUUAUGCAUUAUCAACAAAAUACAAACGCAACUAAAGAUGAUCAAUUUCAGGAAUCAACAAUGGUGGAUGAUGAUGAUGCAGUUCCUGAUGUUGUAUUCUUCCCGGUGCUUGAAAACGAUCAUUACUACCUUACUGUCUUUGAUUUCAAAAAAUCAGAAUGCGUAAUAAUAGACAACAUUUACUCUGAAGAGUCGAUUGAAGUAAUUUAUGGAAAUGUGCCUAACGAUCUGAAAAUAUUGUUUACUCUGUACAUCGACGCUUUGAAUCAUCCAAAAAGAAAUUCAAUUAAGCGUGCAGUCAAAGUUCGAUUGUCCAUGGGAUGGAUGACAAAAAUGAACUACAUAGAUUGUGGAGUAUUCAUUAUGAGGCACAUGGAAACAUAUAAAGGUGAGGAUUUGGAUAAAUGGAAUGUUGGUUUGGAGCCUGAGUUCCCAGACAACGAUGACCAACAGAUGCACUUAAAUGAAUUGAGAAAAAAGUAUGUUACAAAAAUUUUGACAUCUGAUUUAAACCUUAUCAAACCAUCUCUGCACAAAAAGUUGGCAUCAUACGAUAAGUUAUCUGAUGUGGAAAAGGAAAACUUCAACACCGAAGAACAUCUCCAACGGAUUGAGAGCAGAAUCAGUUUGUUUUAUUAG